CAAAAGUCGACUUACGUAGCCCUAGUAAAUAUGAUGUUGAUCGCAGCAUCGUCAUCUAAUCGAGGAUCUAUUAUUUCUUUUAUUUAAAUAUCAAAUUGGAAAUACAAGCAAUAUUGUCACAUCAUAUUUGUUGCGGAUUUGGUUUUAAUAAACGUGAAUCAUUUUUUGUGACCAAUUUCUAUUUACUCACUUUGUCAAAUAUGGAGAUAUUGCGAUGUUUAACUCUAGGCGCUUGUUUGCUAUUUGGAUUUGUGUUUUUCCAUAGUCCUGAGGUGGAAUCGUGCAAUGAAGUUGUAUGUGCUCCAAUCGUUUCCAAAUGUUUGUUGACACAGAGUUGUAAAUGUGAAUCGAAGAAUUGCUCCUGUUGGCAGGAGUGUUUAAAAUGUCUUGGAACCAAGUACUACGAGGAAUGCUGUAGCUGUGUGGAACUUUGUCCAAAACAGAAUGAUACACGCAACUCCAUCUCUAAAAAAUCACAUGUCGAGGAUUUUGAAGGAGUCCCCGAACUUUUUAAUGUUCUAGUAUCUUCCCCAGCUGAUGAACUGGAUUUCAAUUGGAAUAUUUUUACAUUCCCGUUAGACUUUGAUAAGGUUUUAUCUGGUCCCAAACUACAUAGUUUCCCUAUGGAAAACAACGACAAAAAUUUAGAUGGAGCCAUUAAAGAACGGGACAACAUGGGUAUUGUCAAUUGUACAGUGAUUUAUCUGGAUCAAUGCACUUCAUGGAAUAAGUGUCGCCAAAGUUGCCAGAGCACCGGAGCAAGUAGCUAUAGAUGGUUUCAUGAUGGCUGUUGCGAAUGUGUAGGCUCGACAUGUAUAAACUAUGGGGUCAACGAAAGCCGCUGCAGAAAUUGUCCCGAAGCCCCGUUGAUUGAUGACGUUGAUGAUCCUCUAGACGAGGAUAUGCAAGAUUUUGGCGAUAAUAUGGGGCCGUUUGACGGAUCUGUAAAUAGCAACUAUUAAGCUUCAACAAGCACUCUUUUUUAACAUUGUAUUUAGAAUUUAUUAAUAUGCAUACUGUAUAUCGUUAUUUUAGAAUUUAGUUUAUAAUAGAAACCAAUAAAACGCAUAUAAUAUGGUCAAAUAAUUUAAA